CAAUUUGUUCCAGACACCGUAAGCGGCGUCGAUACGUUGCAGAGACCUCAGUCUUAAAGUUUUGUUAAGCGUUCGUUCGUGACUUGUGUGCCGAGGUAACGGGCGAGGCUUUAGUGGGAAGCAAACAAACUGCAGAAGAGGGGGAACGCGUGCGACAAGUUUGCAUCUGCGCCUGCGAACACUUGUUGCACAUUGCUCACAAGCUGGAGCGAAUAGUUCCGAAACUCAAGUCACGAUGAUUGUGUUAUGAGCGUUUUCUCCCGGCAGAUAACUAUUUCGUGAUAAGUGCUUGUGUGAAAUGUGCUGACAAAGGAGUGUGUCGAACGAAACUUAGAACAAGGCGCCAGUUCCUUAUAAAUUAUCUACACAAUGCGUCGAGACUGAUCUGCAAGAAGACAACGCCAAGUCAACACUGCGUCUUCAAAGUCCAUGUCAAAAGAUGCUUGUUUAGCGUACGCACGAUGACGACAGGCCCAGCCCCGUCGACGGGACCGCUGAGCUACAGUGGCGAGGUGGAGGGGCUGAAGACGCACAUCUCGACGGCUUUUGGUGGGGUGCUGCACCGAGCCGCCAGUAACCAGCUCGAGAGGGGACUCGACCCAGGUGGGUCGACCCACCUCACCGGCCUAAAACGACUGACGCCGGGCCAGCGGCGGGAGCGGACGGCACACGACCCCGCGCCCACCCACGCGUCCGAGGCCUCGACGAAAGGCCGAGGGCGGCGCGCGGGCGACCCGGAGCCGGGCAGACGGGUGCGGCAGGAGGCGACGUCGGAACGGCCCCGCUCGUACCUGGCUCUGCUUCGCGCGGCCGUGGCCGCCGUCACGAAGUCCGACUCUUGCCGCUACACCUGUUUCUACUGCGAGAGCCGGUUCAAAUACAUGGGAACUCGGAGCACACACAUGGAGCGCGUGCACAAGAACCAGAUCAUCUCAUCCAAGUCGAAGUGGAGCUCAGAGCAGGCAGAACUGAGGCAUUACCCAGAUGAUGCGUCCACCGGCGAAGACUCUCACCACAGUGAGUGCCUCUCCUCUAAUUUCUCCAAGUCGGUGCCUUCGGUGGCACGGACUCGGACCUCAGAAUAUCCCGGCAUACCUGAUGGCCGGCAGAAGACGUCCAGAGCGGGAGUGGUGGGUGUUGUCAGUGGCUCAUUCGAGACGGGCGCAGCCACCGAGGCCUUGCAGCUGGGCACGUCUGCCGAGUCACCGCGUGAGCUGGCCCGGCCGCACCGCGCCGCACUGCCGGCGGAUAGGGACGCACUGACGGCACACGGCACAGAGGACUACCCGGCCAGCGUGGCGACGACCAGUUCGGACACGCCUAUGGAACAGAUGGACUACAGUGACGAGGCAGAAGGGCUGAAGACGCACAUCUCGACGGCUUUCAGUGGGCUGCUGGACCGAGCCCUCAGCAGUCACCUCGAGAGGGGACUCAGCCCAGGAAAAUUACUCUACGCCACAACGCCCGACGCGGAGACCGUAAAGCGGAAAGCGAUGGCGGCACUGCACGAACUCGGCGUGCAACGCUGCAGGUGCUGCAGAGGGUCGCAGACCGACCAGGAGACGCGGUCCCCGCAUUCGCUGGCGCCUCCGUCCGGCAGCGAGGGAACUGCCGGACCGGAAGAGGGAGCCGCCUCCGGCUCACCACUGGUGGAAACUGACCAACUCGCACCUCCGAAGUGGGAGAUCCAGCAAGUGUGCGUUAAAGAAGAAACUCCGACUGAACCACUUGCUGAUGAUCCAGUUUCCAUUUCUGAUGUGCAGAUCAUUAAGGGAGAGGUUCUUGAAGAUCCAGCAGCAGACUCGGGGUUCAGUGUAUUUAUUAAAGAGGAUCCAGACUUAGAUUUAGGUGUGGAUGCAACUGACAAUAAAGAGGCAGCCACAAGCGGAUACACUUCAGAUAUUACAUGGUAA